AUGCUUCGUGGUUCUGCUACUGGGAUUUGGGACAUGUGUAGUGAUUCAAAGAGUAAACUUUCUUCCCAAAGCCUCGUGAUGGAGAAUAAUCUUCCGAAGCAGAAUCUUGAUGGUUUCUACAACUUCUCGGCUUUGCUUGAACUGUCUGCAUCCGAUGAUUUUGAGGAUUUUAGGAGAGAAGUGGAUGAGAAGGGCUUAGAUGUCAACGAGGCUGGCUUUUGGUAUGGUAGAAGAAUUGGGUCCAAGAAGAUGGGAUCUGAAACGAGGACCCCCCUCAUGAUUGCUUCUUUGUUUGGGAGCACUAGGGUUCUCAAGUAUAUUCUUGAGGCAGGAAGUGUUGAUGUGAAUAGGGCCUGUGGUUCUGAUAGGGCCACUGCUCUCCAUUGUGCUGCUGCUGGAGGCUCUGAAUCCUCACCUGAGAUUGUCAAGCUCUUGCUAGAUGCUGGGGCUGAUGCAGAAUCCCUUGAUGCCAGUGGAAACAAGCCGGUUGAUUUGAUCGCUCCCGCCUUUGAUUCUUCCUCCAAAUCUCGGAGGAAGGCCUUGGAGUUGUUCCUCAGGGGUGGUGAAAGAGAUGAGCUGAUGAGCCAGGAGAUGGAGCUACAGAUAUCCGCCGUUCCUUUCUCAUCAAAAGAAGGUACUGAGAAAAAAGAAGGAAGUGAUAAGAAAGAGUAUCCCGUUGAUAUAUCCUUGCCUGAUAUCAACAACGGUGUGUAUGGAACAGACGAGUUUAGGAUGUACAGUUUCAAGGUGAAGCCUUGCUCAAGGGCCUAUUCCCAUGACUGGACUGAGUGUCCGUUUGUUCAUCCAGGGGAGAACGCAAGGAGGAGAGACCCAAGGAAAUACCCUUACAGCUGUGUUCCUUGCCCUGAAUUUCGCAAAGGGACCUGCCAGAAGGGUGAUUCCUGUGAGUAUGCCCAUGGUGUUUUUGAGUCAUGGCUACACCCUGCCCAGUACAGAACUAGGCUUUGCAAGGAUGAGACUGGCUGCACCAGAAAAGUUUGCUUCUUUGCUCACAAACCUGAAGAGUUACGCCCUGUGUAUGCUUCCACCGGGUCAGCUAUGCCUUCACCAAAAUCCUACUCUGCUAGUGGACUAGAUAUGACAAGCAUGAGUCCACUGGCUCUCAGUUCCACAUCUUUGCCUAUGCCAACUGUUUCAACCCCACCCAUGUCUCCCUUGGCAGCAGCUUCAUCUCCUAAGAGUGGAAGCUUGUGGCAGAACAAAAUAAACCUUACUCCACCAUCCCUGCAGCUCCCUGGUAGCCGACUCAAGGCUGCUUUGAGUGCCAGGGAUCUGGAGUUGGAGAUGGAACUGCUCGGUCUAGACAGUCCAGUUCGCCAAAAACAGCAACAACAACAACAACAAUUGAUAGAAGAGAUUGCCAGGAUCUCCUCCCCAUCUUUCCGCAACAAGGAUUUCAGUAGGAUCAGUGAUUUGAAUCCAACCAACCUUGAUGACCUGUUAGCCUCUGCUGACCCUUCUGUGUUAUCACAACUACAUGGACUUUCUAUGCAGCCUUCAACACCCACACAAAGUGGGCUUCAGAUGCGCCAAAACAUGAACCACCUUCGUGCGAGUUAUCCAUCCAACAUCCCUUCCUCUCCUGUGAGGAAGCCCUCAGCUUUUGGGUUUGACUCAUCAGCUGCUGUGGCAGCUGCAGUGAUGAACUCCAGGUCUGCGGCCUUCGCAAAGCGAAGCCAAAGUUUCAUAGAUCGUGGAGCUGCAACCCACCAUCUUGGCCUGUCUUCACCUUCCAACCCUUCCUGCAGGGUGUCCUCUACCCUUUCAGAUUGGAGUUCCCCUACAGGGAAACUGGAUUGGGGUGUUAACGGAGACGAGCUGAACAAGCUGAGGAAAUCUGCUUCAUUUGGGUUCAGAAACAAUGGGGUAACUGCUUCCCCCAUAGCUCAGCCAGCACAUGUUGAGCCCGAUGUCUCAUGGGUUCAUUCAUUGGUUAAGGAUGUUCCUUCUGAGAGGUCUGAGAUGUUUGGUGCUGAGAAGCAACAAUAUGAUCUCAGUAAAGAGAUGCUGCCACCAUGGGUGGAGCAGCUGUACAUAGAGCAGGAGCAGAUGGUAGCAUGA